UGGGCAUGCGCUGGCACAAUCGCCCACACGCUAUCACCCGGGGCAGCACACGGCGGCGGCAUCGCACGUGGUCGACGUCUUGAAAGGGCGCCAUCCGCAAUACUCGCAGCCACCACAUUCGUACUCGCAACCUCAAUCGCACUUGCAGUCACCACGCACACACGCUCCACAUCCGCCACUGCCUGGCGCUGCGGGAGGUGAGGCUGGCGCUAUGACUGCAGGACAGCGCCCCCAUGUACCAUACCACCCCCUCUGCGCACUACAACAGCCAUCCAUCCCCGUCUGCCACCACUCCAUCCUCCUUACCCUCACACCAUAUGCCCAGCUACUAUCACGAUAGCCCGCCGCAGCUGGGCAGCCGCACCAGCUCGCAACAAGGCUACUACUACCAGCGGCACCCGUCGUACGCACACACAGCGCCUCGCCACCAAACAAGCAUGAGCGUGUCCAUCCCGCCGCAGCCGCAUUCGCAACGGCUGUAUUCGUCCUCCUCUUCUCCGGUCACCGCGCCAGGCGCGCGCCCGUCAUUCUCACAGAGCCGGCCGCUGACUGCUGAAGAAAAGGAGAUUAAGCGCAAAGUGUCGCACUCGGCAAUCGAGAAGCGGCGGCGAGAGCGCACCAAUGCAGUGCUGCGGGAGCUGCAGAACAUUGUCCCUGGUCUGUGCAAGCCUGGAAAGAUCCAGAAGCUGGAAAUUCUGGAGGCUGCAGCAGAGUACAUCCGCCAGCUGUCAGCGCUGCCAGGCCUCCACGCAGCAUCGGAUGGGCGGCGGCCUUCCACCGGCGGCCUCAAAUCAGCACUACCCACAGUACGUGCCUCAGAUGCAGCCGUUCCGGCAGUACACGGGACCCCCUGUGACAGCACACGAUGAGCCAAAGGAUAUACGGUCCGGGAGUGUGGAUCAGCAGCACCAGUCGGUAGCCACGCCCAUGUCCGCCUCCUCUGGAACCGUUCACGAGGACCUGCCUGAUGAUUCGCUCCAG